CUGCUUGCUCAUGGUUGUAUCUGCCCUGGAAUCAAGUCCUGGGUUUCUCUCCCUUCGGAAUAUUACACCGACGUUAUUCUUAGCCACCAUCUAGGAUGUCCGAGCAGCCCCUGAGGCCCAGACUGGGGUGCGUUAGCCUCAUUUGCCUCGGAGCUGUGAAAGCGGUUGACCGACCCAUGUCGCCUCCAGUCCAUCUAACCAUGCCCGGAUCCAAUGUCUGUGUGUGUUAUGCAACGCACCCCGCGCUUGGCGUCUCUCUAAGAUGCUUUUCGCCUUCAACGCAACGCCGAACUCACUCGGUACCUAACCAUGGACUCCAUUCACAAUGGGCCAUUUGGGGAAGAUCCCCUCCUUACCUAUGGCAGAUACGUCUAAGCCCAUGGCACCGAAUUUACGCCAGGCAGUCGUGCAAAUCUAAACCUUCAAAGCCAGCCAAACCGAUACGGACUUGUUUUGAAACAACUUAAAGUAACACGGAGGCUCCGGGCUCCACAGCUCCCGAAUCCCGAGAUCCAGCCCCGAUGAUGUUGUUCAGGGGUACAAACAUGGGUGCCAAGAACACUUGUUUCAAUGCAACAAUAGAUUUGGGUUGGGAGCUUGAAUGCCAUAAUUACAGAACCUUCCUGAACUCCGGGGCCCAAUCAUGUAUGUGCGCUUCGUCCGCAUGCGCCAAUGCUCCACACAUCAUAAUGCUUCACCUAGAAACCGGGUUGGACGUUGAUGAAGGCCGGCUCAGCGAAU